UCCUCUUAAAGGGGACGCGUCUCUGUCUGCAGGAACACAUCACAUCAGAUCACAUCAGAUCACAUCAGAUGGGAAGAAGAUCCUCUAGAAAUGCUCCCCAGACUCCAGGGCCUGGAUAAACCUGCAGGACUCAGACUGUAGCUGUGAGGGCUGCAGGCUCCACUAAACACGAUGCAGUCCCUGCCCAUGGAAGUGGGAAGCAGCAGCAGCAGCAGCUCAGCUCCCAGCGACACAUCUGGCCCGGUGGUGCAGGUGUGCUUCCCCAGCGCUCAGGCCUCGGUGCUGGACAGCCUGAACCGGCAGAGAGAAGAGGGCAGGCUCUGUGACCUCUCCAUCCACGUCCAGGGACAAGUGUUCAAAGCCCACCGCUGCGUCCUGGCCGCCUCCUCGCCCUACUUCCAUGACCAGGUACUACUGAAGAACAUGUCUACAGUCUCCAUCCCGGCAGCAAUGGACCCGCUGGCGUUUGAGAGCGUGCUGAGCUGCGCCUACACCGGUCAGCUCCGGAUGUUGCGCGAGGACAUCGUCAACUACCUCACGGUGGGCAGCGUCCUGCAGAUGUGGCACAUCGUGGACAAAUGCACGGAGCUGCUGAAGGAGGGCCGGGCUGCAGCGGGAGGAGGGAGCAGCGGAGGAGGCGGUGGCGUGCAGGACGGCGUCGGAGGAGGAGACGGAGGGUCAGCCAACCUCGGAUGCAGCAGCAGCAAUGGUGACGGCGUCGCAGGCGGGGGUGAUGGAGUCGGUAGCGACGGCGGUGCUGGUGGCGGUCAAGCCCAGGUGGUAGGGUCCAACGAGCCCCAGCGUGCCUCCCAAGCUCCCAGCCGGCCGUCGGUGAGCGAGAGCCAGUCUCCCAGCAGCACCAACUAUUUCAGCCCCAGGGACGGGAGCAGCUUCGGAGGGAGCGGUGCCACCGCAGCGGGGGCCUCAGCGGACGGAGGCGGGGCGAGCAACACCCCCAGCUACUGCACGCCAUCGGGAGGAGAGGAAGCCUUCCUUAUCGAGGAAGAGGAGGAGGAAGUCGAGGAGGAAGAGGAGGAGGUGUUGUACCACCAAAGGAAGAGAGGAAGAGGAGGAGGCAGUGGGAGGAGGAAGAAAAUGAGCUCAGUGUCAGAGCAGGAAGUUGGGGUCAGCGACAGCUUUGGCGUUUCUUCUUAUCAGGAUGGGGAGCACUCUGCGUUGCCGCUGCAGAAGCGUCCUGCCUACAGCCAGCCCAGCAUCAUGCCUCGUAAACAGUGGGUGGUGGUGAAAACCGAACGCAUGGAGGACGACGACCUCAUCGUGGUGUCCGGGGAGGACGAAGGAGAAGACGAGGAGGACGAGGAUGAGAGGGAGAUGGAGCUGGCCAGAGAGAGGGAGAGAAGCGACUUCAACAUCUCCAACGUCAGGAGCCUUCAAGCUGAUCUGGGAGGCAGAGCGGAGAGCGACAUGGACUCACAGGUGGACUACUGCCACUCUUCAGAAGACUACCUCAAGUUUGAAGGCAGUUUAAUGGACCAGACUUUAGCUCAGCACCUUCAUGACAGCGCAGCAGGUCAGAACCAGAGCACUAACCGCGCCGUGUCCGCCCUACUGGGCCAGGUCCAGUCUGCGGCCUCGGCCCGGGCCCAGCUCUUCCCCCUGGACAUGCAGGGGAACCAGAUCCUCCUCUACAGCCAGGCCUCCGGACUCUCUCUGGACACUGCCCCCCCUCCCCUGGGGAUGCCGGGCGGUAUGAUCGGCGGAGCCUCUUUCAAAGGCCCCGGUCUGGAGCACGGUGCGGUCCACCUGUCGGUGCAGGGCGGUCUGGGAGUCGACGGCAUGGACGGCGGGGGGAUCGGAGGUGGAAGCGGGAGUGGUGGCAGCAACGGCGCCGGGGGUUCUGGGAAAGUGUUUAUGUGCCACUGCGGUAAGACCUUCACCCACAAGAGCAUGAGGGACCGCCACAUCAACAUGCACCUGGACCUGAGGCCCUUCCACUGCCCCGUCUGCGCCAAGAAGUUCAAGAUGAAGCAUCACCUCACGGAGCACAUGAAGACGCACACGGGCCUCAAGCCGUACGACUGCCUCGGCUGCGGCAAGAAGUUCAUGUGGCGCGACAGCUUCAUGAGGCACCGCUCGCACUGCGAGAGGCGCAGCGGGAUGGGAGAGGGCGGCGAAGGCGGGAGCGGCGGCGAGGGAGGGAGAAGAGGAGGAGGUGGAGGCGAGGAUGGGUCGGAUUUGAUUUCCUCCCCUCACCUCCUUCUGUCUGCGGGGGAGGGAGGACAUGGCGGUAUUCUGGGAGGAGGAGGAGGGAGAGGAGGAGUGGCUGUUUCUUCUCCACAUCUUUCCGGCGGUGUUCUGUCGCCGCAUCACGCCGGCGUCUCGGCAACAGGAAGUAGCAGCAGUAACAACAGUAACAGCAGCAGUGCUGCUCUGGGCCACAACAUGGCCGCCGCGGGGGCGCUUCUAGGGGUCGUCUCCCAGGGUCCCGGUCAGGGAUCGGGGAUGUUUGCCGGUCUAGGGUUGGGUCGAGGUGUGUGUGAUGAAGACGUGUGUGAAGUCGGUGCCAACGAUAGUAGCGUGACUUAAGUGUGUGUUAUGUCCAACGGGCGCCUCUUUCUCCACGCUUCUCCUUCCUGCUGCUGUUUUUACAAUAAAGUCAACUUGGAAGAAACUCUCUCAACUGCCAAAACUCAACAUUUCAAACAGGAAGUGCGUACUUUGUCACGAGUGGAGGCGAAGCUCCCGUUGGACCUGCAAGUGUUUAUAGAGAAAUGGGACUUUGAGAUUCCAGUCGGCUGCUCUGCCGUGGAGUUUGCCGUCGUGCUGCAUCUCAAAUCAACCGCAAUUCUUUUGGAAACUUGCCUCCAAAAAGUGGCCUCAUUAAAAGAAACGGACCUCUUAGUCUCAGUGAGUAAGCUAUUGUUUUAAAUAUAAAGUUUAUUUUUUUGUUUUUUUUGCAGAAGAAUGCUUUGAGAGGAAACCAAAAAUGAAGAGACAUAACUGUUUCUGUCUGUGGCAACAUUAUAGUAUCAGUAGAGUUAAAAAAACAAACAAAUGGCUGUUCUAAAUUGCUGUGAUUUUCUGCAGUAUUGUAUUGUAACGUAUCACCGUCAUGUGAUUU